AUGUCAUGCUCAAAAAUACUUUCAGGAGAUAUACCUGAAUUAAUAUAUGAAGUUAUAAAAUAUUUUAAGACCGAUUUUUCAACUUUACAUUCAUGUAUUCUAGUCAACAGAUUAUGGUGUCGUUUAACGAUUCCAUUAUUAUGGGAAGAUCCUUUUUCAAAUCCUGCCGGAAAUUAUAAUUUUAUCGAAAUUUAUUUACAUAAUUUAAGCGGUGAUUCAAAAACAAAAUUAAGUGAAUAUAAAAUUAAUGAUAAUGUAUCACCAUCAAAUACACUUUUCAAUUAUUUUAAAUUUAUAAAAAAUUUGAAUACAUUGGAGUUUAUUUCUUCUGUUGAAAAGUGGACUGCUGAAAAUUUAAAAUUCGGAAACAGAUAUUCUAAUUUUAUCUGCAUAUCAUUAUUUAAAAUAUUUAUUGAAAAUGAAAUAGAAUUAGAUAAUCUUGACAUUGAGAUCUCUAAUUCUAAUCUUGAUGAUAUUCUUGAAUUAAUUUUACAAAAUAUAAAUUUCAUUCAGAAUAUUAAAAUUUUAAACUUUUAUAUUUGUAAUUAUAGUAAAAACAUGGUAACUAAAGAUCGUGUAACACAAAUAGUUAAUUUACAGCGAAAUCUUAAAGAAAUUUUAUUAGAUGAUAAUAAUUUUCCUUUGUAUCAAUCAUUAUUGUUAUCAGACAAUUCUAAUUGCUCAAAUACUUUAAAAAUGAUCAUAUUUUAUAACGUCGAUUUUAGAAAUAUAAGUAAUUUAGAUAAAAUAUUUGAACAAUUAAAUGGUUUAGAAUCAAUUAAUAUUGCUGACUGUUCUUCUUUAAAUACAAGUUUUAUUCCACAAAUUAUUAAUUUAACUAAACCAUUUAAAAAAUUAAAAUCUUUAUUUUUAAAAUGGAGAUCGCAAAAUGAUGAAACAUUAGAAAUAUUAUUACAAAAAUCUGGUGAUAAUUUAGAGGGUUUUGGUGGAUCUUGUCAAGAUUUUUUAUUUAAGCGACAUUUACUUGAUAUUAUGAAAUAUUGUAAAAAUAUCAAAUUUCUUGAUUUACAUGAAAUUGAUAACCAGACCAUCUAUCCAGUAUUAAAUAUAAUUGAAAAUAUAAAACAAAAUCUUAAUUAUCUUUCGAUCGGUAUAGUAGAUUAUUCAUAUAGUAAUACUUAUAUAGAAUGUAGUUCAACCAUAUUACUAAAUUUAGGACAGAUUCUUCCUUCUAAAUUAGAAUAUUUAAAUUUGUGCAUUUUCAUUAAAGCAAAUGAUUUUGAAGUAUUUCUAAAAAAUAUUCAAGAUACUUUUAUUAAGAAAUUGGUGAUUGAAAAUCUACAAAGUCAAGAUAUUUUACCCUAUGUAAAAAAAUAUAUUAUGAAAAGGAAAAGAAUUGAACAAUUAGCUAUUUUGACUUUUGGUUGGAUGGAUUUGUUUAAUUUGAAAGAUGAAGUGAAGGAAUUUAAGUCAUAUGAUAUUAAAGUUCGAAGACAUUGUGAUUUAUCUCUUGACUCUUAUAAUAAGAUUAAAAGGAUUAAAAACAACUAA